AAACACGAGGUAUUGGUUACCUGGCCGAAGGACCGGAACGCAUAGAGCCCGCAGGCGAACACAGGCAUCCGCCAACUGAACUGGUGUACAUACGCUUCCUCAUGCGCCCCUUCACGGCCGGACAGCUGAACAAAAUGAUUGAAUCACAGUUUGGCAAGGUAUGUGAGCUGUGGCUGGACAAAAUCAACUGCCGUGAGGGUAUUGAUGGUUGUCGAUGGCCCUCCAUCAAUCCACGCAUACUCCGCUGUGAUUUCGCCAGUGAGGCACUCCUAGACUGGCUGAAGGAGCACGGUGACUCGGGUGAUCGAAACCCUCCACGACAUCUCCUCAUC